AUGUCAUUACACAAAAAAUUAAAAAUAGACAACAAAGAAAAUGACCAAACAAUAAACUAUGAUGAAAAUAUGAGCAAAUUAUUUUAUAAAGCAUUUAGGAAUAUUUUCAUUAAUAAACAACUUUUCAAAUUUAUAAGACUAUUAAAUAAUUUACAUAGGUUAAUAUCAAAUCAAGAAUAUAGUAAUUUUUAUAAUUAUCAUUUUCACAAUAAUGAUUUUAUAAAUAAUUUUAAUUUAUUUAAUAAUGUUAUAAAUUCAAAUUAUAAUCCUAAUAAUAAUAAUAAUAGUAAUAAUAAUACCAAUAAUAAUAACAAUAAUAAUAAUAAUUAUGAUAACAAUAAUUAUAAUAAUAAAAUUGAAAAAGAAAAUUUACCAAAUAAUAUAAAGAAUUUAAAUUUAUCUUUAAAUGAUGAACCAAAUAUAAUUUCCAUACCAGAUAGUGUAGAAACAUUAAUAUUUGGAUGUAAAUUUAUUGGUACAUUAUCAUCUAGUUAUUUACCAAAAGGAUUGAAAACUUUAAUAUUUAAAUUAGGUUGUUCAUCAGAAUUUAAUAGUAAUAGCUUUAAUAAUUUAUCAUUAAAUUCAUCAUCAAUUGAAAAAUUAGUAUUAUCAGGUAGAUUCAAUUAUCCAAUACCUACAAAUUGUUUAGUUGGUAAUUCAUUGAAAGAAAUUCAAUUCAUUGGUAAAUUUAAUCAACCGAUAUUAUCAAAUUCAAUACCAAACUCUGUUACAUCAUUAAUAUUUGGUGAUGAUUUUAAUAAACCUAUUUAUGGUUUACCAAACUCUAUUGAACAUAUUCAAUUUGGUAAAUCAUUUAAUCAAGAGUUAACUAAAGAUUGGAUUACAAAUAAUUUAAAAUCUUUAAAAUUAGGUACAAAUUUCAAUAAAAUUAUAAAACCAAAUGUUUUACCAAUAACAUUAGAGAAAUUGGAAUUUAAAGAUCAAAAUUUAUUAUCAUCAUCAUUUUUCUCAAGUAAUAAUAAUAAUAAUAAUAAUGAUUAUAAACAAUGUAGCCCUACAAAAAAUAUAAAUAAUAUUGGUGGUGGUAGUGGUGGUAGUGGUGGUAGUGGUGGUGGUAGUUUAUUGGACUAUUGUUUUAAUUCAUCACCAUUUGAAAAAUUAUUAGUUCAAGGAUCAAUACCAAAUUCAAAUUGUUGGGUAAUAAUUGAUGGUUUAGCAAUUCAAGGACCUCAACUUGAUAUUUCUAAAUCAUCUGAAAAUUAUUAUAAAGAAGAAGAAGAACUUUAUUUUAAUUAUAGAGAGAUUAAACCAAAUAUGAUACCAAUGGGUGUAAAGAGAAUCAUUUUUCAUGAUAAUUUCGAUUCAUUAAUUAGAAAGAGUGUAAUACCAAAUAGUGUAGAAGAAAUUGAACUUGGUAAUAAAUUUAAUAAACCAUUAGUAAUAAAUUCAUUCCCAUCAUCAUUGACAUCAAUUAUAUUUGGUGACUCAUUCGACCAAUGUUUAAGAAUUGGUUGUAUACCACAAUCAUGUACUUCAUUAACUAUGGGUUUAUAUUUUAAUCAAAAGAUUGAACCAAAUCAGUUACCCGAAGGUUUAAAAAUUUUAAAACUUUCAUAUAGAUUCGAUUAUCAAUUAGAGAUUGGAUCAUUACCUCAAUCAUUAGAACAUUUACAAUUUGGUUACCUUUUUAAUCAAACCAUUGGUCAUGAUGUUCUUCCAAAAUCAUUGAAAUCACUUAUAUUAGGUUGGAAUUUCAAUAAACCAAUUGAAGUUGGUGUUUUACCUCAAUCUUUAAUAAAACUUGAAUUUGGUUAUCAUUAUAAUCAAGAGUUACCAAUUAAUUGUAUUCCACCUUCAACACAAGUUUUAAAACUUAGAAAUUGUCCAAAACAAUUAUUAGUCUCUAGUGAUUUCUUACCAUCAAGUAUUAAAAAAUUAGAAAUCAAUACAUCAACUCUAUUCUAUCCUUUCAAUAUACCAUCAAAUGUUAAAUCAUUUAAAUAUUUAGGAUCAUUAAGAGAUUUACCAAAAAUAAAUCAAUUAUAUAAUAAUAAUAAUAAUAAUAAUAAUAAUAAUAAUAAUAAUAAUAAUAAUAAUGAAUAUGGUAAUGGUGUUAACAUUAUUUGUAAUUUAAAAAAGUUAUCAUUUAGUCCAAAUUUUAAUGAACCAAUCAAUUUAAAUGAACUACCUUCAACAAUUGAAACAUUGAUAAUGAGUCAUAAAUUUAAUCAACCAUUAUUACCAAAUAGUUUUCCAAAAAAUUUAAAAGUAUUAAUAUUUGGAUAUUAUUAUAAUGAAAAAUUAACAAAGAAUAUGUUACCUAAUAAUCUUUGUUAUAUUGAAUUUGGUGAAAAGUUUGACCAAAUUUUAGAAAGUGAUUCACUUCCAAAGUCAUUAAAAUAUUUAACAUUUGAUAAAUCAUAUAAACAACCAAUUGCUUCAAAUGUUUUACCACCUUUGGAAUUAAUAAUUAUAAAGAAUUGGAAUAAUCUACCUUUUAAUUUCGAAAUUUUCGAUCAUCAUUCAAUUUUACAACAAAUUAAAAUCAUUACAAUUACAAAUAAUAAUACUAAAAAAUUUUGGAAAUUUAUAAAUAAAUAA